ACCGAGUUACUAGUUACCAAAAUGGACGACGUUCUCUGAAGGCUAGCUUAAAUCCUGAAGAAUGGGUGGACGCACCGGGAAUGCAGGGAUGCAGGCCAAAUCCAACAUGACAGCAAUGAAGGGCCAGCUUGGAUUGCGGAGCAGUGCGCUGGCCCCGACCUCAGCCAAACUGACUACUCAGUACCUUGUGCUGGACCACAUGAAUAACCAUUACAGCAAAAUUGUCAAUGCCAGAUCUGCCAUAGAUAACAGACCACCAAAGGUGUUGGCAACCAGUCAGAAAGCUCGUGACAGGAAGACUCGAGACUAUGUGAAGAAGACUGGUGUACGUCCUGGCUCCAGCAUGAACGUCCGUCCCACUUCCAGAAAUGUUUAUUACGACGACAUGGACGGAAUGGAUGACCAGGCAGCACUGAAUGACUUUGAUCCUGAAGAUGAUGAUGAUCGUUUAGUUUUGGACAUUAUGAAGACAACUUUAAAAUCCAACAGGCAAGACAGGGUAGAAAGCACUGAGGCAACAUACGGCGGUUCACUAUCCUAUGAUGCCAAUAAUGGACAAAGUCAAGGUCAAGGUCAAAACUACUACAGUGAAGGUCGAAGCUAUCAGCAGCCAGACCCCCAAGGUUACCUUUACCAGGCCUAUUCCCAUCAGCAAGUCAAUAGAUCUGGCUAUCCCAAGAGGCCCUCAUCUGCUAGAUCCGUACGAUCAGCUGCUAGUGGGGUGUCAAGGUCAGCAUUGGCUCAGGGAGCAGCACACAACAGAAAGGUUGAGGAUGGCGACAUACUUGCCACGAGGAAACAUGUAUUUACUGAACCCGAGAAACCAUUCACACCGAGAACUCUGAAGUCAACGAGAACAUCCAAGCUCAGUCAAACAAAAUUUUACACCGCUCCGCCGCAGAAGAGGAAGGACCAAACGGAGGAGAAACACAGUGACAAACAUUUAGCCGAAAGUGUCCAUAAACCAAAGCCUAAACCAAGAAGGGCAAGGUCACCGCUCAAUAGGACAGAAACUCCAUUAACUGAUACCACUCUGAUGUACGAGACUUUACAGAGUAGGGAUUUCACCAAGUAUAACAAAGAUAAGAUGGUUCCCACCCUGGACAUCUCCAUGGACAAGGACCAUCUUAACUGGAUCAAAGAACAGGCUUCCAAAGCAGAGGUCCGCGCCAAAAGUUCCACGCUCAAGGCCAACAUGGAACGAAUCAAGGAGAAAGAUAUGCUGGACACGACCGAUAUGGGUCAAACAGGAGAACUGUCCACAGGUACUCUGGGCCGAACCACAAGGACGUUCGGAACCAGAACUAUGGGUCGAUCAGGGCGCCUUAACGAUCAGACAUUGUUCCAAUAUAAACCAAGAUUUAGAUAUAGACUUGCGUCUAUAGAGGAGGAACUGCAGUAUGUGGAAUUUAUGAAGGAGGUGACUGACGAUGUCCUCAACAGGGGUGUGUUUACUAACAGGGUAUUGAAGCAAGUUUUCCAAACUCAUAUUGAGAAGCGGAAAGGACAACUGGAUGAGUAUAAAAUGAGAGGGGUUUUGGACGAGAUCCGGAGAGACUUGGAUAUUCCAAAUGAGCCAGACUCCGACCUGAGUUCUUAUACAGAGACCAGGCUUAAAUCCACAGAAUAUACUGGAAGAAACAACAGCAUUGGGAUCUCUAGACCGUUUGAACGGACCUUCAACUCGACCAUGGAUUCUCAGAAUACCUACGGCAUGCAAAGUACAUCUGGAGACAUGUUUAGCACCAUCAACUCCGAGCUUGAUAAGGAUGACAUGUCCAACACGCAGGCUCUUCAAAGCUACCAACUUGAAAUGACCCACAAAGUGGCUAUAGAUGAAGGAGAGGAAGAAGGGGUUGCAGACUUGGAGGAGGCUAAGGAGGCAGUAAUACAUGAAGCAGAAGAUAUACAACAGCAGCCUAGAGGCAGGUUGAUACAAGUCAACUCUAAGGAUACAGAUAACGAGUCAGUCCAUUCAUCAUCAAGAGCUUCUAGACGCAGGAGUAAGGCAGGUGAUGUCACGUCUGUUCUGUCCAAUGAGGAUGUACUGGACAAAGCUUCAGUUCAUUCUUAUGCUUCCAGAUCUCGUCUGUCGGCAGGGUCCCGAAGUAAACCGAGCAGUGUGGUGUCGGCAGCGUCUCAGAGACAUAGCAGUGGGGUAUCCGCAACAUCUCAGGAACAAGUAGUCGACAGAGUCUCUGUGAACUCACAUUCUUCUAGGUUGCGGGCUGCAUCACCAAAACCGGGGCAGUAUGUUGACCAAUAUCAGGAUAUUGUGCAAUCACGUAAACCCCAAUCUCUGGCCUCACAGGGUGAGGAGACAGAUGACACAAUGACGCACGAUCAUUCACAAUUACUGAGUGAGGGUGAGACAGAGGGGGCAUACGGCGAGGACGAGUUUGAGGAAAGUGAACCUGAAGACCAGCUUGGAACAGCCACUCAUAGGACAUCAGAUGACGACUUCUAAAAAAAGAUGUGUAAAUUACAGGUAAAUUCAACAAGGAGUAAGAAAUGUAUCCGUGCCUUCUAGGUACUGUGAAAUCAGAUAUUUUCAUGGGGCCCUUAUUUCGUGGUUUUCCAUCAGAACACCGUUUCGUAGGUAUGCACAUACAUUUGUGGAUUAUGAGUACCCACUCAAACAGAAAAUAUUUAUGUCAACUUUUUGUUACUUUGUGAACCUAUCGGGCAGUCGUUAGCUACUGGCCGUAGGUCGGUGGUUUUUCUCCGGGAACUAUGGCUUUCCACCGCCACCAAAACCUGGCACGUCCUUAAAUGACCAUAGCCAAUUAAUAAUAUGUAAAACACAAACAAACAAACAAAAGUGGACCUAUGAAAUAAACGGAAUUACAAACCCCAUGAAGAUAAGUGAUUUAACAGUAACUUGAUAUUCACAUUUAUGUCUUUAGAGAUGCCAGCCCACACAUCGGAAGUUACAGUCUGAUUCAAACGAGACCCUAUGAUAUUGUGUAUACACACAAAUAUGUAGAAAAAUUAGGAUCUAGUGGUAAUCAAAUUGAGUAAGUGAUAUUAAAAAUAAACAUGAUAUCAAGUUUAAAGUACCAGGUAAUUGAUAAUUUUCAGUUUGCAAUAUUAAAGGAGAUGUCGAAACAUUGGUUUGAAAAAAAAUGAAUAUACAUUUCCCCCCCUGUUAAGCAGUGCAAAAAACAUGUUUUGUUGUCAUUUGUAUGUAUUUUCAUCAACGUUAUACCCCUUAUUCGUACUGUUCUAGAUGUUGGCAUGUUGAUGCAUUGCUUACAUAAAUGUUAAUGCAUAAAAUAACUCUUAUUUGCUCACUUGUUCAUAAAUCAAACUUUAAAAUGUGUCUUAAACGUGAUAACUGUUCUUUAUCAUUUUCCUAAUCAAUAUCAUUAAAUAUGUUCUGGUAUUUGAUACGAAUAGCUGGCUGUUGGUGUCGUGAAGGAUAGUGAGAUGUAUGAGUCUGAAUAGCUGGCUGUUGGUGUCGUGAAGGAUAGUGAGAUGUAUGAGUCUGAAAACUUACAGAUGUGUUUUCUUACACUUACAGUGAAGAGAACCUUUUAGUAACUUUCAUUACUUUAUAACAAUGAAAAAUUGUUAUUAUUUCAACACCUGAGGGAUGUUUGUAGACAAUACGCCCUGGAACCAAAUAAUUCUUCAAUUCCAGUGAGUUUUCUAAUAAAUGUCUCUAGGCGUAACAUCAUUUUCAAAAGGAUAUGCGGAAUUGAUAGAAAUAUAAUAUCUCUGUAGAGUGUAUUAGACAUAAGAAAAGGAUGUAUGAUUGGUGCCGUUGCACUAAGUCGCAAGGUUUUAUCAAGCUAAAAUUGGAUCUUACAGGAAAAUACUACUUAGCCAUUUUAACCACUGCAGACCAAAAUGGAAUCAUCCAAAUACACAUAUGGUAGAGUCUAUUAAAGUUACCUAGGGGUGAAAGGGUUAAUCUCAAACCCCACAUAGUACAGGUAAUUCUAAAAUAAUCCCAGGGCUCUACCUAUCUCGCCCCAUUUACAUUUCUUACAAUAAGGAAGCCGAAGAACUGUAAUAAUAUACAGUUAUGGACCUGGUGGUAGGCUGAUAUCAAGGUUUAUAUACCCGAUGGGGUUAUAACUCCUGAGGGGGAAGCCCAAGGCAUAUGUCAUCGUUUUGAUGAUAUGAUGCGGUUAUUUGUCUCUCAGUCGUGGUGUGUCUGAAAGUAUAUGGACAGUAUAAGACAGAUGUGAUAUUUAUAAUAUUAUGUCUAGAGUAUAGAGUUGUGAUUCAGACUGUUUGACACUUGUGGUACUGCUGACAGGGGAGUAACGUGUAAAGAAUGAACAGAGUCAUUAUUAUGAUAUAUAUUUCAUAUAAACAUAAAUCCAUAUUUUGCUAUUUCAUGCUAUUUUAUAACCGACGUGUAUAAUGAGGGUUUAUUUUUGUGCAGAUCCUGCCAACAAUAUUAUCAGUGUAAUUACUAGUUGUGUUUUAUUGUAUCUUUAAAUCGUUUGUCCGUCCUGAAUUAUUUGGCUGUUGCAAUAUAUUGAAUAUCUAUUUUUUUCAUCUUUAGUUAUGAUUUUAAAUGUUUUGGAGGUAAAUGGUAAAAAAUACCAAAUUUCCUUCAAAUAAACUUGCAUUUUUUUUCAUUUCGCUUUGAUUUAUAGGAUAUUUUUUUGCAAUUAUUGGAACAAAAAUGGGAUCUACAUAUUUAAUUAGUUUUACAUAUUUUAACUUUUCUUUUUUUUUAUGUUAUAAUAAUAUUUAAGGUGUUUGUCUAAUUGCAUUGUAGUACUAGUCACUUCGUGCUUAAAUUUUUUUUUAAAUCUUAUAUCCCUGUACACCAAAUUGCACGUUUCGUGAAAAGUAGAUUGUCUAUUUAACGUCAGAAAUACCAUGGCCAGAAGAAAAUGGAAUUAGAAACAUGUAACAAAAUAGAAUUCAUUAAGUCAAUCUACAGAAUAAAAUGUAAUUCAUUAAAAAUAACGUAGAUCACAAUCUAAGACUUCUAUACGUACAUGUAUACAUAUUAAUUGACAUGGAAAAUUACCGGUGGAUGUGCAAGUACAAAGAGAGCUGUCAAAUAAUAGCCCACGUUUGUAUGGGCAAGUUCCUUUUUUUCAGACAAUUUUAUGUUUGUCCCUGUUUAUUCAUCUAAGUCAUAGAAACACUUGACAGUUAUGAUCUGUUGAAAUGAUGUUAGACUUUUUUUUCCAAGAACAAUACAGGGUUAAUGAUCUUUGGGAUUGACUGUGCCUUCCCUUUCAAAAACGCUAGUACUUAACCUUGCUUUAAGGGAAAUGGUCGAUCAAUUGAAGAUGACAGUGAGAAUUUCACAAGAAUUUCUAUAGACAAAGAACCCACUUAGACAUGGCAGAAACAAGUCUAAUUUUCAUUGUUGAUUAUUUUAUCAUUGUUAUUUUAAAUUUAUGUGAUAAAUACUUUGUAACUUCUUCUGUUGUUUGUUUAGCUUUGUCCCAGUUUUCAAGUCAACGAAUCAUUUGAAGUAUUUUAGUAGAAACAGGGUGUAUGUGUGUGUUAUACAAUUAAUGUACCGUCCAUUUUGUUGUAAGCUUUAUUGUUUAUUCAAGAAUAUUUUGUUAAAGGGAGAUACGAUGGGUUUCCAGUUAUUUUAGAAUAACAGUUCAUUGUCAUUUUCUUGCAAUAUGUAUUACACUUGUGAUUUUUAAUAUAUUUUCCAAUUCUCUUUCAUGUUAGCAUUGCAAAAAUAAUAAUUUAUAAUUGUUACAGAGGAAUCAACAUAUAUCUGAAAAUCAGUACAAAAAAUUGAAAAGAAAAUUGGUAAUAUGAUUGAGGUUUCGUCAGCUGGAAUAUAUAAGAUAAAAUAGAUAUGCAUUAUAAUCUAACUGUAGUUUUUAUUGCAAUAUGGAAGCUUGUCAAGAGAAUAUUUUAGUAUUAGAGUAUGUAGAGAAUAUUAUCAUACACAGAGUAGAAUCUCUUCAUGAAAUGUAAUUUUAUUUAUAUUCAGUAUUUUCAGAAUUAGCUCAUUAUAUGACAGAUAUAGAGGUAUUAUUGAAUUUCAUAGUAUGGCAUUGAUGUUUGCCAAUAAAAAAAUAUUUUUAAUAUAUUGACAACUUUUUUUUAAAAUACCCUCCGUCCGAUCAAAAGAAGAUUUUAUAUUUUCUUCACAAAUCUUUGUCGCAAUUAUAUUUGAUGUUGAUCUGUUUCAAUGUCUAAGCAUAUAAAGCUAUUUUUUUUUGCAUGCACCUACAUGUUUUCUACAGGUUUUGUGUCUCUUUAUUCAUUUCCGUUUUUUGGGACAAGGUCAGAAAAAAAUGUGUAUGUUGGAGAACAAUUCUGGCUGUAAUUUUUGAUAUGGCAGUUGUAGGUUUUUAAAUAUUUUACAUGAUUAUUAGAAUUUCUGGAAUUGUUGAAUUUCCUUUCUGAAAGAACUAUAUUAUAUAAAAUGAUAUGAAGUUAACUUUGAACUUGUAAUAUAGAAAGCAUGGUAAAUAUUGGAAUUUCUUUUUAACAAAAUACUCAAAUUUUCAUGGCAAAAAAUAUCUGAUGAUUUCAGCAAACAGUUGUAUAAGAUUUGUAAGAUACUGUAGAUUAUUCAACCUUUACCAUACUUUAAAACAUAAUGAUUUUGACAAAUGAUUAAUGUUAAUUUCAAAAACUAAGUUGAAUACCAAAUUUAUCCUGCAAUAAACCCAUUUGGCUUACACAAGGUAGUAGGGGGGAUUGGGCUUAUUACAGGACGAUGAAAUAACUAUUGUUGUCAUUCUAGGACGUUAAACCCCAAACAAACAAAUUACAAAAAUACAGUAGAUAUGGAUGUGGAUGGACUAAUUACCAGACACAGGCUUAUUGCCGGAUAAAUAUGGUACAUAGUAUAUGUUUGACAUAUUAACAUUCUUUGACCCACUGUACUGUUUACUGGCUUACUCAACUACUCUUUAAGGCUUGUCAACUACGAAGAAAAUUAUAAACAUUUUGAAACAAA